AUGUAUUGGACAGACUGGGGAGAAGUGCCAAAGAUAGAACGCGCUGGGAUGGAUGGUUCAAGCCGCUCCAUUAUAGUUAACACGGACAUAUAUUGGCCAAAUGGACUGACGUUGGAUUAUGAGGAACAGAAACUUUAUUGGGCAGAUGCUAAACUGAAUUUCAUCCACAAAUCAAAUCUGGAUGGAAGUCACAGGCAAGCGGUAGUUAAAGGCUCCCUUCCACAUCCUUUUGCUUUGACACUGUUUGGGGACACGUUGUACUGGACUGACUGGAACACGCAUUCGAUCUUGGCCUGCAGCAAGUACUCCGGGGAGGACCUGCGUGAAAUACAUUCCAACAUCUUCUCUCCCAUGGAUAUCCAUGCUUUCAGCCAAAAGAGGCAGCCAAAUGCUACAAACCCAUGUGGAAUUAAUAAUGGUGGCUGCUCCCACUUGUGUUUGAUGUCUCCUACCAAGCCCUCUUAUCAGUGUGCAUGUCCCACUGGUGUGAAACUUCUUGAGAAUGGAAAGACCUGCAAAGAUGGUGCCACUGAACUGCUGCUUCUAGCCCGCCGGACAGAUUUGAGGCGAAUUUCCUUAGACACGCCCGAUUUUACGGACAUUGUUUUGCCUCUGGAGGACAUCCGUCAUGCCAUCGCCAUUGACUUUGAUCCUCUGGAAGGAUACAUCUAUUGGACCGAUGAUGAAGUUAGGGCUAUCCGCCGCUCAUUCAUCGACGGGUCGGGCAGUCAGUUUGUUGUCACAGCACAGAUCGCGCAUCCUGAUGGUAUCGCUGUGGACUGGGUUGCCCGAAAUCUGUAUUGGACUGACACUGGCACAGACCGUAUUGAAGUUACAAGGCUUAACGGGACCAUGAGAAAAAUCUUGAUAUCAGAAGACCUGGAAGAACCCAGAGCUAUUGUGCUGGAUCCCAUGGUUGGGUACAUGUACUGGACUGACUGGGGAGAGAUCCCAAAGAUUGAGAGAGCAGCAUUAGAUGGCUCAGACAGAAUUGUCCUGGUGAACACCUCACUUGGCUGGCCAAAUGGACUGGCGUUGGAUUAUGCAGAAAGCAAAAUAUACUGGGGAGAUGCCAAAACGGACAAAAUAGAGGUCAUGAAUGCUGAUGGGACUGGGAGAAGAGUUUUGGUGGAGGACAAGCUGCCUCAUAUCUUUGGAUUCACAUUGUUGGGAGACUACGUUUAUUGGACAGACUGGCAAAGACGCAGUAUCGAGCGUGUGCAUAAGCGCACAGCAGAAAGGGAGAUUAUCAUAGAUCAGCUGCCUGAUCUAAUGGGCCUGAAAGCUACAAACGUCCACCAGAUAAUUGGUACAAACCCCUGUGCAGAGGAUAACGGUGGCUGCAGCCACCUCUGUCUGUACAGACCACAAGGCCUUCGCUGCGCUUGUCCCAUAGGCUUGGAGCUCAUCAACGAUAUGAAGACCUGCAUCGUCCCAGAAGCUUUCCUGCUGUUUUCUCGGAGAGCAGAUAUCAGACGAAUCUCCUUAGAAACGAACAACAACAAUGUUGCUAUUCCACUCACUGGAGUCAAGGAAGCUUCUGCUCUGGAUUUUGAUGUGACAGAUAAUCGGAUUUACUGGACUGACAUUUCACUGAAGACCAUCAGCAGAGCGUUUAUGAAUGGCAGCGCCCUGGAACACGUUGUGGAGUUUGGCUUGGAUUACCCAGAAGGCAUGGCUGUAGAUUGGCUGGGCAAGAACUUGUACUGGGCUGAUACUGGAACAAAUCGUAUAGAAGUGUCAAAACUGGAUGGCCAGCAUCGCCAAGUGCUGGUGUGGAAAGAUCUCGACAGUCCCCGGGCAUUGGCAUUGGACCCUGCUGAGGGGUUUAUGUACUGGACUGAGUGGGGUGGUAAGCCCAAGAUUGAUAGAGCUGCUAUGGAUGGCAGUGAGCGGACUACUUUGGUACCAAACGUGGGACGUGCUAAUGGCCUAACUAUUGACUACGCUAAAAGACGACUGUACUGGACCGACCUUGAUACCAACCUGAUAGAAUCGUCCAACAUGCUAGGCCUUGACCGUGAGAUUAUAGCUGAUGACUUGCCUCACCCGUUUGGCUUGACUCAGUAUCAGGAUUACAUUUACUGGACAGACUGGAGCCGGCGUAGCAUUGAACGAGCCAACAAAACCAGUGGCCAGAACCGCACUAUCAUCCAGGGGCAUUUGGAUUACGUUAUGGACAUCUUGGUCUUCCAUUCCUCCAGGCAGGCAGGCUGGAACGAGUGUGCCUCUAGCAAUGGCCACUGCUCUCACCUGUGCUUGGCAGUACCUGUUGGGGGUUUUGUCUGUGGCUGCCCAGCUCACUAUUCCUUGAACGCUGACAACAGGACUUGUAGCGCUCCUACAACCUUUCUGUUGUUCAGUCAGAAGAAUGCAAUUAAUCGCAUGGUGAUAGAUGAGCAGCAGAGUCCAGAUAUCAUACUCCCCAUCCAUAGUCUCAGGAACGUUCGAGCCAUCGAUUAUGACCCCCUGGAUAAGCAGCUGUACUGGAUUGAUUCUCGGCAGAACAUCAUCCGGAAGGCACAGGAAGACGGCAGCCAGAGCCUCACUGUUGUGACGAGUCCGGUUCCCAAUCAGAACCUAGAUAUGCAGCCGUAUGAUCUGAGCAUUGACAUCUACAGCCGUUACAUCUACUGGACCUGCGAAGCUACUAAUGUGAUCAAUGUGACACGCCUGGAUGGGAGACCCAUGGGAGUGGUCCUCAAAGGAGAUCAUGAUAGGCCCAGAGCCAUUGUGGUGAAUCCAGAGAAAGGAUACAUGUAUUUCACCAACCUACAAGAUAGGUCUCCUAAAAUUGAGAGAGCAGCGUUGGAUGGAACUGAACGAGAGGUCCUUUUUUUCAGCGGUUUGAGCAAGCCCAUAGCCUUAGCUAUUGACAGCCAGCUAGGCAAGUUGUUCUGGGCUGAUUCAGACCUGCGGAGAAUUGAAAGCAGUGACCUUUCAGGUGCUAACCGGAUUGUUUUAGAAGACUCUAAUAUCUUGCAGCCUGUGGGACUAACUGUGUUUGAAAACUGGCUGUAUUGGAUUGACCGGCAACAGCAGAUGAUUGAAAAGAUUGAUAUGACUGGUCGAGAAGGACGUACAAAGGUCCAAGCUCGUAUUGCACAACUCAGUGACAUCCAUGCUGUGAAAGAGCUCAACAUUCAGGAAUACAGACAACAUCCUUGUUCUCAAGAUAAUGGCGGCUGCUCGCACAUUUGCAUCGUGAAGGGCGACGGCACCACGCGCUGCUCUUGCCCAGUCCACUUAGUUCUGCUGCAGGAUGAGCUGUCCUGUGGAGAACCACCAACAUGCUCCCCUCAGCAGUUCACCUGUUUCACAGGUGAGAUUGACUGCAUCCCGGUGGCCUGGCGCUGCGAUGGUUUCACUGAAUGUGAAGACCACAGUGAUGAAAAGAACUGCCCCGUGUGCUCAGACGCACAGUUCCAGUGUGAAAGUGGACAGUGUAUAGACAGUGCCCUCCGGUGCAACGGAGAAGCAAAUUGCCAGGACAACUCCGAUGAGAAGAACUGUGAAGUGCUUUGUUUAACCGAUCAGUUCCGCUGUGCCAGUGGGCAGUGCAUCGGGAAAAACAAGAAAUGUGAUCACAACCUGGACUGCAGUGACAGCUCAGAUGAGCAAGGAUGCUGUAAGUGUAAAACAACGGAGGAGCCUGCCCCACAGCCCAACAAUACGAUAGGCUCCAUCAUCGGUGUGAUCCUCACUGUUUUUGUGGUUGGAGCAAUGUACUUCAUCUGCCAGAGGGUGCUGUGCCCACGCAUGAAGGGAGAUGGGGAAACAAUGACCAAUGAUUACGUGGUGCAUGGACCAGCCUCUGUACCUCUUGGUUAUGUGCCUCACCCAAGCUCUUUGUCAGGGUCUCUUCCUGGGAUGUCUCGAGGUAAAUCUGUGAUCAGCUCCCUCAGCAUUAUGGGAGGGAGCAGCGGGCCACCCUAUGACAGGGCCCAUGUCACUGGAGCCUCUUCCAGUAGUUCUUCAAGUACCAAAGGCACUUACUUUCCUCCAAUUUUAAACCCACCGCCUUCACCAGCUACCGAACGUUCACAUUAUACCAUGGAAUUCGGUUAUUCUUCAAACAGCCCAUCCACUCAUAGAUCCUACAGGCCUUACAGCUACCGGCAUUUUGCACCUCCCACGACGCCCUGCAGCACGGACGUGUGUGACAGUGACUACGCUCCCAGCCGAAGGGUCACGACAGCGACGGCCAAGGGCUACACCAGUGACUUGAACUAUGAUUCUGAGCCCGUCCCGCCGCCGCCCACUCCGCGCAGCCAGUACCUGUCGGCGGAGGAGAACUACGAGAGCUGCCCGCCUUCCCCCUACACGGAGCGGAGCUACUCUCACCACCUCUACCCGCCGCCGCCGUCCCCCUGCACGGACUCGUCAUGAGGGGUAGCCCCCCCGCCCCAUUAUCUGCCUCCGUCGCGAAAGUGUAAAUACAAAGCAGUUCUACUGGGGAGGGGGGAGGGAGCUCUCGGCGAAGGAUGAGGUAGGACAGUGUACAGUUAAAUGUUAUUAAAUGGGGUGGAGGAAUGCUGAAGAUAUUUGUACAGAAGAAAGAAAAAAAAAGGAUAUUUAUAUAUUUUCUUAAACAGCGACUGCUGCUUGUGCCAUAAGAAGAAAAAUUUUUGUAUAAAAGAACCCAGACGUUUGUACAAAAAGUUUUUAUUUUUGCAAAUGGAACACAAAAACAUGCCUUAAUCCAGUGAAGUGACUGAGCACAUAAGGAAAUCGAAGGACCGGGAUGUGUUAUUUGUCCAGCGAGGUGAGAUGUGGGGUUUGUCAAUACCAAAAAUGUUUAAAGUAAUUAAUAGAAGUCCGUCUCAGAGCAGCAUACCAUAGAUACUUGGAAGUAGCCAAAUAACCUCUAUGUUAACUAAGGAGGGCCAGCAACUAAAGUUAAACUUGAAAACGCAGUCAGGACAGAUAUUAAUCUUACACAAAGGGCUUUGUUUUCUACAGGAAUACAGCAAUCGUAGCAGUGAAUCCAGAAAAAAUAAUGUCACACUUUUUUUUAACUGAAUACGCAUCUGUUUUUCCUUAAUGCAUUUACCAAACUAGAGUGUCUAGAGCUCUUUCCUUGCUUCUGAAAUUUCAAUGAUUUUUGUUGGGUAUAUUUUAAAGUUUGCUCCUUUUUUUUUUUUCUUUCCCCGUUUAGCUCUUCCUAUGUCUUCUUCCUGCCCGUGUCACUUUAAAUCAUGAUAUUCUUACUUAAAGUACUGCUAGAACUGGGCUGCUGUAAAAUCUU